UUCGGCCCGGGAAAGCCGAAGGAUCUGUUGCGUGCCGACUCCAAACUAACUUCUUCAACUUUCGUCCAUUUCGCGCGCUCCUAUCGAUUCGCGUGCGCAGCAGCACUGUGUGUGUAAAAGGGGUGCACAUCCCAAGACUAUUCCCUCGCUGUUCAACUCCUGUUUCGGCACCAAAACACAGCGCCCGGCGCACAUUCAAUCGUCGAUAACUUUACGCAACAGAAUGUUCUUCGCCAUUCCACGCAAAUAAACACCUUCGAACGGUUGCAUCACGCAGUCUUCCCGUGCAAUAACUCACGCAAUAACUAGUUUAAUUCAACAAAUCGCGAUCUUUGUUUACCUUUCGAUGUUUGACCCUUGCUGCCUCAGCCAUGUAACGGAUAAAAACAAUAAGUUGAUGUGUGCGUUAAAUCGGUGCGUGUCGCGUGUCAGAGUGCGCGUGUGAAAGAAAACACCGGUAGAAAAUGGCACAAUUCGUCACUCACAUCCAGCCGACGUUGGUGGAGGCGUCCCAUCAUCACACGCCCGGUCAUAGUCACGGCCACCACAAGGAAUUGCACCAUCCGCCAAAGGAACACCACAGCAAAGGCGACAAGGAUCACAGGGAUCAUGGCGAUGGGCAUCAUCACGGGGGCGGUGGGCAUGGUCGAGACUUUCCCGUUUUGCCGUCGCAUCACUCCUUACAUUUUACAGAACAUCACGACGCUGGAAAACACGACAGCCAACAUGCCCACAAUGGGCACGGUACGCAUUCCGGGGGGUCCCAUUCGACCCACAAGCGACACAGUCAGGACAAGGGACGAGGACACUACCUAGACUCACAUGGGAUUUCGCAUGAGUAUCAAAUGCAUUUUAUCGAUGCACAAGGAAUUCACCGAGAUCAACAUGGGCAUGGUAUAAUCGAACCCAGCUUCGAGGAGACAAUUCCCUCAAAAUCUAAACCUCAGCCUCCAAAAUACAUUGACAUUCAACCAGUUUACACGGAAAAUAAACAUUCUGAUGGCAAUACAUCUUUCUUGCGCGCUGCGCGUGCUGGACACCUGGACAAAGUCCUCGAACAUCUAAAACAGAAUAUUGACAUCAACACCAGUAAUGCCAAUGGGCUCAACGCUUUACAUUUAGCUUCCAAGGAUGGGCACACGGAAGUGGUCGCCGAAUUACUAAAACGCGGCGCCGCUGUCGACGCUGCCACCAAAAAGGGAAACACUGCACUGCAUAUUGCGUCCCUUGCUGGGCAAGAGGAGGUUGUCAAACUACUAGUCAAUCAUGGCGCCAAAGUCAAUGUUCAGAGCCAGAAUGGCUUCACGCCGUUGUACAUGGCCGCUCAAGAAAAUCACGACAACGUCGUUCGAUAUUUAUUGUCGAACGGAGCGAAUCAAACGCUUGCCACUGAAGACGGGUUCACACCGUUGGCGGUGGCUAUGCAACAGGGCCACGAUAAAGUCGUCACCGUGUUGUUGGAAAACGACACACGGGGCAAAGUUCGAUUACCUGCUCUUCACAUAGCAGCCAAAAAGGAUGACGUUAAAGCUGCUAAGCUGCUACUUGAAAACGACCAUAAUCCCGAUGUAACUUCAAAAUCAGGCUUCACACCACUUCACAUAGCUUCACAUUACGGCAACGAAGCCAUUGCGCACCUUCUAAUCCAAAAGAAAGCCGACGUCAACUAUGCGGCAAAGCACAACAUCACACCGCUGCACGUGGCGGCCAAAUGGGGUAAAACCAAUAUGGUCGCGCUGUUACUGGAAAAAGGGGCAACGAUUGAAUCGAAGACGCGAGACGGAUUGACGCCGAUGCACUGCGCGGCACGCAGCGGACACGAGCAAGUCGUAGAUAUGCUCCUAGAACGCGAGGCGCCGAUAAGUUGCAAGACGAAAAACGGACUGGCUCCUUUGCACAUGGCCGCCCAAGGUGAUCACGUAGACGCCGCUCGCAUUCUCCUCUACCAUCGCGCGCCCGUCGAUGAAGUCACCGUCGAUUAUUUGACUGCACUUCACGUUGCCGCUCACUGCGGGCACGUUCGAGUCGCUAAACUAUUACUCGAUCGGCAGGCUGAUUCUAAUGCGAGAGCGCUUAACGGAUUCACGCCGUUGCAUAUUGCGUGUAAGAAAAAUCGCAUCAAAGUUGUAGAAUUGCUGCUUAAGCACGGCGCAAGCAUCAGUGCUACUACUGAAAGUGGACUGACGCCAUUACACGUGGCUAGUUUUAUGGGCUGUAUGAAUAUUGUCAUCUAUUUAUUGCAACACGACGCUAAUCCGGACGUGCCCACUGUGAGAGGGGAAACCCCGUUGCAUCUUGCCGCGCGAGCGAAUCAGACUGACAUCAUUAGAAUCUUACUACGCAACGGUGCCCAGGUUGAUGCAAGAGCGCGUGAACAACAGACGCCGCUUCACAUUGCCUCACGCCUUGGCAAUGUGGACAUUGUCAUGUUACUUCUGCAACACGGCGCUAAAGUUGACACUACAACGAAGGACAUGUACACUGCGCUUCAUAUCGCUGCCAAGGAAGGGCAGGACGAGGUCGCUGGUAUACUGAUCGAUAAUGGCGCAUCGUUGAAUGCAAUCACAAAGAAAGGCUUCACGCCGCUGCACUUGGCCGCCAAGUACGGCAACAUCAAAGUCGCCAAGCUUCUUUUGCAAAAGGACGCACCCGUUGAUCCACAGGGAAAAAAUGGCGUCACUCCGUUGCAUGUUGCUUCGCACUACGAUCACCAAAAUGUCGCACUGCUGCUCCUGGAUAAAGGAGCUUCACCGCACGCCACUGCCAAAAAUGGACACACUCCGCUACAUAUCGCAGCUAAGAAGAAUCAAAUGGACAUCGCCAAUACGCUACUGGAAUACGGUGCCAAGCCUAAUGCCGAAAGCAAAGCCGGCUUUACGCCGCUACAUUUAAGCGCUCAGGAAGGACACGUCGAUAUGUCGUCUUUGCUCAUUGAGCACGAAGCUGAUACCAAUAGUCAAGCAAAGAAUGGACUUACGCCAUUACAUCUAUGCGCGCAAGAAGAUCGCGUCGCUGUUGCCGAUGUUCUUGUGAAAAAUAAAGCUAUCGUGGAUAAAACCACCAAAGCAGGAUAUACGCCAUUGCAUGUUGCCUCUCAUUAUGGCCAAAAUAAUAUGGUCAAAUUUUUGCUCGCGCACAAUGCCGAUGUUAAAUCAACCACCCAACUUGGAUAUACACCAUUGCACCAGGCUGCACAACAGGGCCAUACUAAUGUGGUCACUGUGCUAUUGGAAAACUCAGCGCAACCCAAUGCUAUUACUCAUAACGGUCAAACACCAUUACACAUUGCCCAAAAAUUGGGUUACAUAACUGUUAUUGACACUCUCAAAGUGGUCACUGAAUCUCCGGCCGACGAUCCAACUGAGGAGAAGUACAAAGUUGUUGCUCCUGAAGCUAUGCAUGAAACGUUCAUGUCUGAUUCGGAAGAAGAAGGCGGAGAAGAAAUUCUGGAAGGAUUCGGAUGUGCACCUCACGAGCAACAUGUCUAUCUUCCUUAUUACAGCGGUACUACUUUACUAACUAGGGAGGAUACCAUGCUCGGCGACAACGCCUACAGAUAUUUGACGGCUGACGAAAUGAAAUCACUCGGCGAUGACUCUCUGCCAAUCGAUGUCACUCGUGAUGAGCGCAUGGAUUCCAACAAAAUCAUGGAUAGUAAUAUGUUACCACCGCAGGCAAUUGAGGAUUCGAUCAGUCCUCACUACUACCAGCAGAAUUAUUCGGAAAUGAAGAAGUAUACUCCUGAUAAUAUUGACAUUGCCCGACAUCCAAUUAACAUCGGAAAAUUACAUUGGAAGAACUUUUUGGUGUCGUUCCUCGUGGACGCACGUGGUGGUGCUAUGAGGGGUUGCAGACACAGUGGAGUGCGUGUAAUUGUACCACCGCGUUCAGCUGGUAGUCCAACAAGAAUCACUUGUCGAUAUGUGAGACCACAACGGUCCCCACAUCCGCCGCCAUUAAUGGAAGGUGAAGCUUUGGCGAGCAGAGUUUUGGAAUUAGGACCAGUCGGUGCUCGAUUCUUGGGACCGGUAAUAAUUGAAGUACCGCAUUUUGCUGCCCUGCGUGGUAAAGAACGUGAAAUAGUCAUCCUGCGUUCUGAUAAUGGUGAAACAUGGCGAGAACACACUGUUGAAUCGUCUGAAGAUAUUCUGAAUGAAGUUUUGCAAUCAAGUUUUGAGGCUGAAGAUAUUAGUCAGUUGGAAGAUACAGCAUCUGGGCGUAUAACGCGAAUUGUGACUCAUGACUUCCCACAAUACUUUGCGGUUGUUUCGCGCAUUCGACAGGAAGUGCACGCCAUCGGACCUGAUGGCGGCAUGGUAUCAAGUACGGUUGUACCACAGGUGCAAGCGGUGUUCCCACAGGGCGCGCUUACAAAGAAGAUCAAAGUUGGACUGCAGGCGCAACCGAUCGACCCGGAGUUAACAGCGAAAUUGUUGGGACACGGAGUCGCCGUAUCACCGGUGGUGACGGUCGAGCCGCGUCGUCGAAAGUUCCACAAGGCGAUAACGCUGAGUAUGCCGGCCCCGAGGGCGCACUCCCAAGGAAUGAUCAAUCAAUACUCCGGAUCAACACCUACCCUCCGACUGCUGUGCUCGAUCACUGGGGUGUUUCGGAAAAGAUCGCUCAAAGGUGGAACGACACGAGCUCAAUGGGAGGACGUCACAGGAUCAACACCUCUUACAUUUGUCAACGACUGUGUUUCGUUUACGACCACCGUAUCGGCGAGGUUUUGGCUAAUGGAUUGUCGGAAUGUGGGGGACGCCACAAAAAUGGCUACUGAACUAUAUAGAGAAGCCAUUCACGUUCCAUUCAUGGCCAAGUUCGUUGUUUUUGCGAAACGGGUAGAUCCGUUAGAGGCUAGACUCAGGGUGUUUUGUAUGACAGAUGAUAAAGAGGACAAGACUUUGGAACACCAGGAACACUUCUCAGAGGUGGCAAAGAGUCGCGAUGUGGAAGUACUUGAAGGAAAGCCGCAAUACAUUGAAUUUGCUGGAAAUUUAGUGCCUAUUACCAAGAGUGGAGAACAAUUGCAGUUUGCUUUUAGAGCGUUUAGAGAAAAUCGACUGCCGUUCUCUGUUCGUGUCAAAGAUCAGCAUGCUGAGGCUCUUGGACGAUGUUUGUUCAUGCGAGAACCAAAAGUCGCUAAAGGAGAGCCGCCUCAACAACCAGUUUGCAUUUUGAACAUCGUCUUACCUGAUGACAUUGUAGCGGACACGAUAUCACUCACGGAUAGUGAACACUUCAAGCGGCAUGAAUUCCUCAAGGAUAGCUAUGAAUACCAUCGGCCUGAUCCGCGUUUGGCUGAUAUGAGUAACUUGUUAGGCGAUGACUGGGUUGCAUUGGCCGGCCAAUUGGGUCUAACGUCGUCCGAGAUAAACGUUAUCAAAUCGGAAUACCCGGAGAGUGUGGCAAAACAAGCGCAGUCGAUGCUUAGAAUGUGGAUCUCACAGUCUAGUAACCGCGCGCAGAGCAGUGUACUCGAAGAUGCCUUACGCAAAAUCGGUCGGGAUGAUAUUAUACCCCAGUGCCUGAACGUCGAAGAGACUGUCGUUAAAUACAGAAUUAGGAGUGAUUUAGAAGAUAAAGACAUUAUGAAAGAUUCGGAGAGUAUCGAAUCGAUAGUGAUAAAAGAUAAGAAGCGCCUAAGCUAUGACAAGUAUUCGGCCGAAGAGAAGGUAGUCGAAGAGAAAUCAGACGAGGAAGACUUUAGUAAAACUGUUAAAGAGAAACGUGAAAUUAUUGAGAAACGUCUUUCGGUUGAUCGAACCAUUCCGGCAUCAUCACAGCGUGUUGAAAUAGUGCAAGAGAUUAGUUCAAUCAAGCGACAGAGUAUGGUUGAAGACAAAAUCGCAGAAGUCGAACAAAAAGCCACAAUGCAACCACCAUCUGAGUCAAAGUCUACCACAGAGGAAGUAAAAACCACAAAGUCCUCUGUGGCAGACGCCACUAAAGAUGAAAGGGAUGCUGGUGUAACCGCGACAACCACAACGACAACUACAACUGUGACCGAAACACGCACAAUUGAGGUGACUGGGAGCACGCACAUAAAGGAUAAUGACAGUAAGGAAUCAGUGUUAGUGGAAGGUGUUACACAUGGUUUGGAGAAGAAGACAGCUAUACCUAAAAUCGUCUCGGCCCAAGAAGAUCCACAAUCACCGAAACUCUCCAAGACACCACCACCGAGUCCUGCUGAUUUCAUCCUACGAGAGCAAAUGGCCGCCCUGCAAGAAUGGGACGAGCCAAAAGAAAAAGCAUUAGCCACCGAAUUGCAAGGAAAACAAACGACCACAUCGACAACACAAAACUUCGAAGAUAGACGAACGCUAGACGAUAAAGAAUUAGCCUCUAAACAAUUAGUCGAUAAAACUAACGCUUUUAACGAAGUAGAUACGCAGCUAGACGCGUCUGCCGCGGAAAUUAAAGAAAACGGUGAGGAAUUAAAACAAAAGAAACCAGGAUUUUUCGGAGCACUUAAAACGAUGGUUACACGAUCGUUUGACUAUUCCGACUCGGAAUCUGAAAAAUCGCAGUCAAAGAAGGAGAAGAAAGAUAAGAAAAAGAAGAAGAAGCGCGGAAAAGAUAAAGACGAUAAACCUGAAAGCCCUGUAAAAGUUCAGCCGCUUACAAUUGAAGAAGAACGACUUAAAACUAUUCCCUACGCAGAAGCAUCGCCAGUUUUAGAGCAAAAGGCAUUUAUAGUUGCCGAAAAUAUAGUCACUGAAGUUAAAAAAGUACCCGCAGAAGUUGUAGCUAAAGAAGAAAAACUUGUAGAAAAGAAAACUAUUGUACCAGUUGUAGAAUUAAUUGAAGAACUUGAAACUAAAAUUUAUGAUACCCCAGAGUUUCAUAUUGAAGUGAAGCCGUUGACUCCAACUAAAGAAAAAGUCAUCUACGAUGUUGACAUUCAUUCGACUAUUGACAGUAUUGGAAAAGAAUUGCUUAAAGACGAUACUAUUACUGACAAACCACCACGUAUCUCAGAAACAGAUGUGUAUGAUGAUCAAGCACCACAACUAUCGAUUCCACCUGAUCAUGUUAGUCACCUCAUUGAAGAACCUGACAACGACGCAUUAAAAAUGAUCACGUUUAAUUUGAUACAAAACGAAAUGAGUUUCCAAGGAUGGGCGGACGAUAAACAUAACAUUAUUAACAUUACAAAAUCCCAACAACCCGCACCCGCCAGCCAAAAAAUGAAGCGAAAGCAUGGAAAACUCUUUGGGUUUUUAAGCAAAAAAUCUUCCAAAGAAGUUGAAGAUUCAGAUGACGAUACGCGAACCGACCAGUCUAGGUCCGAAAUAAUUGAGAAACAAGAUAAAGAAUCAUCGAAGGAAAUCGUGGAUGAUUCUAGUACCAGUGAGCAGAACAAGAAAGGCGGCUUCUUUACUAUAUUCGGUAAAAAGAAUAAGAAAGAAGACGACGCUAUUCCAGAGUCAUCUGAAGUCGACGAAGACAAGACGAAAACUGAUAGUAGACCACCUAAAAUUUUGAUUAGCGAACCCACUCGAUUAGAUAUUAAUAAUUCUGAUUCAUUCAUUAAACAAGAAGUUACGCAUUAUGAAGAUGUGAGACCGGUAAUUCCAGCAGAUAAAACUCAAGUUACUGCUGUUCCGGAAGAAGAAAGUAAAACCGAUAGAAAGUCAGGUAUUUUCAGUGGUAUUUUUGGUAAGAAAAAAGACGACAUUGACACUGAAAAAGAUGAAAAAGCUAAAACUCCUACUCCCGAUGAAGUUGUUGAAAAAAUAACCGAAAAAGUUGAUAAAACAGUUGAAGUUACAAAGAAAGAACUCCAUGAUGUUAAAGAAACCAUCACUGAAACUACUCUUGUUGAGAAAAUUGAUAAACCUAUCGACGCAAGUGAGAAAAGAAAAGGUGGUGUUUAUACUGACAUAUUCAUCAAAAAUGAAAUUCAAAGCGAAUCUCAAAAUAUAACCCAACAUGAGAAAGUUACUGUUACAACCGAAACGGUAACAAAGACAAUUGAAGAAAAUGGGAAACAUGAAUUUGCGGAAGAAGUCGAGAAAGAUGAUCAAGGUGAAAAGAAAAAGUCUGGUAUAUUCAGUGGUAUAUUUUCCAAAAAGGAUAAACGUGACAGCGAUGAACCUAAAGUUAAAUCGCCUAUAUUUGGCAAGAAAGAUACUAAACCAGAAGCACCAAAAGAAGAUAAGAAAGAUCAAGAAGACGGUAAGGAGACCGUCAAAGAAGUUAUACAAACCACUGAAGUGGUUAUGCGCAGAUCAAAACAAAAAGACGCGCAAGCUGAUGAAAAACCUGAUCAAAAAGAAGAAGAGAAAGAGAAACGAAGAUCUGGAAUUUUCAGUGGAAUAUUUGGAAAGAAAGAUAAAGGUAAAGACAGUGAAGAUGAGAAAACAGAUGAUGAGGAUGUGUCCACCAAAACAAAGAAAAGCACUCCUAUCUUUGGAAAGAAAGAAAAAACCCCUCCUGCCAAAAUUAUUUUGUCAAAUGAACUUGUUACAACAAUGAAAGACACUGAAUCAUUCCUACAGGAAGAAGUGUCCCGAUAUGAAGAUGUAAAGCCAUUGGUUAAACCAAUUGCAGAAUCCGAGGUCGCAGAUGCAAAACCUGCCGCACAACAAGAAGAAGAAAAGGAGAAACGAAAAUCUGGUAUAUUCAGUGGUAUAUUUGGCAAAAAGGAAAAACCUAAAGAAGGCGAAGAAGAAAAACCUGAUGAACAGGACUCUCCAGCUAAACCUAAAAUGACUUUACGAGACAAACAUCUUCCAAUGAAUGCAGAUGUACCUGACGAAGUCUUGGAGCGUUUGAAAAAUGCCAAUUUAAUUUCCAAGAAAGAAGUACCAGUAUUUGAAGAUUCAAACGGCGGUGUACGCCAUGAAGAUGAAGUUGAUGAUUCAGCUGUUAAAGCAGAGACCGAAACUUUGCCUGAAAUAAUUGCAGAUGUUUCUGAGAAAGACAAGCGCAAAGCCGGAAUAUUUAGUGGAAUAUUCGGUAAAAAGGACAAAGCAACUGAGAAUGAAGAAGAAAAAGAUGUUAAAUCACCAACUAAACAAAAGAAGAUGACUCCAAUAUUUGGCAAGAAAGAUAAAUCUAAGCCUACUGAGAUUAAAUUGUCUGAAGAAGUAGUCACAACCAUGAUAACUACUGAAUCAUUCCUUCAGGAAGAGGUAGCUAGAUUUGAGGAUGUAAUACCACUACCCAAGAAGGAACGGGAACCAGAAGUUGUUGACGAAAAAUCUGUAAAAUCACCUGAAACUGAAGCCAAACGAAAAUCUGGUUUAUUCAGUGGAAUCUUUAGUAAACGUGACAAGAGCAGAGAUAAAGAAGAUGUUAAGUCAGAUGAAGACGAUGUUGCUGUUGAUAAGCAGAAAGACACUCCUGUUGAAAUCGUGAGCGAUGAGGUUGAGAAAAUUGUGCAGGAAGUUAAAUCAACUGUAGAGCAAAUUGAGGUACAUGUUGAUGAAAAACCAUUUGAUGUCCAGCCUGAAACACAGCCAGAUGACAAGGAGAAACGUAGAAGUGGCAUUUUCAGUGGCAUAUUUGGUAAAAAAGAUAAAGGUAAAGAAAGUGAAGAUGAGAAAACAGACGAUGAAGAAACAGUCUCUAAGACAAAGAAACAUACUCCAAUAUUUGGUAAAAAAGAUAAGAAAACUACUACAACUGCAGUAAUCUCAGAUGAUGUUGUGAAUUCAAUGAAAACUACUGAAGCAUUCCUUCAAGAAGAAGUUGCCCGAUUUGAAGACGUAAAGCCCGUAGUUACAGCAACUACUGAGUUGGAAGUUGUUGAUAAAUCUAAAGAAGAAGCUAAAGAAGUCCAACCAGAUGAAGAGAAAGAAAAACGCAAGUCUGGAAUCUUUAGUGGUAUUUUUGGUAAAAAAGAUAAAGGCAAAGAGAGUGAAGAUGAAAAAACAGAUGACGAAGAAGCAGUAUCCAAACAAAAGAAGCAAACGCCCAUCUUUGGCAAAAAGGAGAAGAAGACCCCGGAAAAAACACAACUUUCAGAAGAAGCCAAGCAGGUUAUUAAAGAUUCCGACGCAUUCUUGCAAGAAGAAGUAUCACGAUACGAUGAUGUAAAGCCAGUUAUUACAGAGAAAAUUGAAAUAGUUGAGGAAGUUGAAGAGAAACCAAAAGAAAAAUCCGAUGAAGAUAAAGAAAAGCGAAAGUCAGGAAUAUUUAGUGGUUUGUUUGGAAAGAAAGAUAAAGGUAAGGAGAGUGAAGAUGAAAAGACUGACGAUGAAGAAAUUACUACCAAAACAAAGAAACAGACGUCUAUUUUCACUAAAAAGGAAAAGAAACCUCCUACUAAAGUUGAGCUGCCUGAAGAUGUGGUUAAAGAUAUGAAGGAAACUGAUAAUUUCCUUCAAGAGGAAGUUGCCAGAUAUGAAGAUGUGAAACUUAUAAAAUCUGAAGAACCAGAAAUUGAAAAAGAAGAAAUUAAAAUUGAAGUUAAACUUGAAACAGAUGCAGAUAAUGAGAAAGAUAAACGAAAGUCCGGUCUUUUCAGUGGGAUAUUUGGCAAGAAAGAUAAAAGCAGCAAAGAAAGUGAAGACGAAAAAACAGAUGACGAGGAGACAAUUACGAAAACUAAGAAACGUACUCCUAUAUUUGGUAAAAAGGAAAAGAAAACACCCACAAAAAUAGAGUUGUCUGAAAAUGUAGUUAAAGACAUGAAGACAACUGAUUCAUUCUUGCAAGAAGAAGUAAAGAAUUAUGAAGAUGUUAAACCAUUACCGGUCAAACAACUCGAAAGUGAAACUAUUGAAGUCAAAGUUGAAACUACCGAAAGCGUAAAAACCGUAGUCGCUGAAGCUACAGAAAAGGUAGAUUUAAUGAAAACCAAACAAGAUGUCCAAUCUGACGAAGAGAAAGAAAAGCGAAAGUCAGGAAUCUUUAGUGGUCUCUUUGGCAAAAAAGAUAAAGGCAAAGAAAGUGAAGAUGAAAAAACAGACGAUGAAGAGGUCACUUCUAAGGCCAAGAAACAUACUCCUAUAUUUGGCAAGAAAGAUAAGAAAACUCCAACUGCCGUUGUUAUAUCAGAAGAUGUUCUUACAUCUAUGAAAACAACGGAAUCUUUUCUCAAAGAAGAAGUAGAGAGAUUUGAAGAUGUAAAGCCUGUGAUUGCGGAAAUUACAGAACCUGCGAUUGAAAUAAAAACUAAACAAGACGAUAAACCUGAUGAUGAUAAAGAAAAACGAAAAUCCGGAAUAUUCAGUGGUAUUUUUGGCAAAAAGGACAAAGGGAAAGAAAGUGAAGAUGAAAAAACAGACGACGAGGAGACCAUUUCCAAGUCGAAGAAACGCACUCCUAUAUUUGGCAAAAAAGAUAAGAAAACUCCAGCAGCCGUUGUCAUAUCAGAAGAUGUUCUCACAUCAAUGAAAAUGACAGAAACUUUCCUUCAAGAAGAAGUUGACAGAUUUGAAGACGUAAAGCCUGUGAUUGCGGAAAUCACAGAAACUGCACCUGAAACUAAAACCAAACUAGACGAUAAACCUGAAGAUGACAAAGAAAAACGAAAGUCAGGCAUUUUCAGUGGUAUUUUUGGCAAAAAGGAUAAAGGUAAAGAAAGUGAAGAUGAAAAAACAGAUGAUGAAGAAGCAGUAUCCAAACAAAAGAAACAAACACCCAUCUUUGGUAAAAAAGAAAAGAAAACGCCAACUAAAGUUGACUUAUCCGAAGAUACGAUAAUCAAAAUGAAAGCUACUGAUUCAUUCCUUGUGAAAGAAGUUGAUGUUUACGAAGAUGUGAGACCAGUAAUUACUGAAAAGAUUGAAAUCACUGAAAGUGUUACAUUGAAAUCUCCAACCUAUGUUUCCGGAGAUAAAGAUAAGACCAAAUCAGGAAUAUUUAGUGGCAUAUUUGUUAAAAAAGACAAAGGUAACAAGGAAAGCGAAGAUGAAAAAACAGAUGAUGAAAGUACAUCCAAAUCAAAGAAAUCAAAACUCUUUGGGAAAAAAGAAGACAAAGCACCCACAAAAGUUGUGUUAUCAGAGGAAAUUAAAAGAACUCUUAAGGAGACAGAUUCUUUCUUGCAAGACGAAGUGGCUAAUUACGAAGAUGUUAAGCCAGUUGUGCAACCCACUGAAACUGUUGAUGUGAGGGUAACAUCUCCAACACCAAUUGAAGAUGAUAAAGAAAUUAAGAGAAAGUCUGGAUUGUUUGGAGGAAUAUUUGGCAAAAGGAAAAAGUAAAGAUCAGGAAGAAGAAAAAUCUGAUAGCGAAGAUACAGUUGGCAAAGUAAAAAAGAGCACACCAUUAUUCUCCAAGAAAGAGAAGAAGCCUCCUGUUGACGUUGAAUUAUCUAAAGAAGUUAUUGAGUCAAUGGAAACUA